CAACCUUCAAAUUCAAUUCUGUGGAAAGGAAGGGCGCCUUCCAGCUGACAAAUUGACCUUGCUAUGGCAGUUUCUUCUGUAGGUUGCACGUUGGAGAGGCUGUCCCCUUCCAGUUCUUAUCAUGGGUGCCUCUCCGGUUUUGGAAACAAUCUCGCUCAUGCAAAUGCUGUGCCCAUCAAGCUGUCCUCAUGGGGAAGCCGUCACGAGCAGUGCAAAAGGCGGACAGAGUUGCGUCUUCUGAAGGAACUCCUUAAGCAAUGCACCUAUUCAAGGUCUCCCUUCUUCCCCACUGCUCGGAGGGGCCACAUUAUGGCUGUGGCUACUGAAACCAGCAAAACGGUAGAGCAGCAGCCUGUCCCCAGUCCUCCCAAAUUGUCUGCACAAACCCCUGACUGCCAGUUUUCGCCUCUGCCACCAAUUAAGGAAGCGAAGCGGGUGGUUCUUGUAAGGCAUGGGGAGAGCACAUGGAAUCAGGCAGGGCGCAUCCAGGGCAGCUCCGACUUUGCUGUCUUGACGGAGAAGGGGAUCAUUCAGGCUGAGACCAGCAGGCAAAUGCUGGCGGAUGCAAACUUUGAUGCUCUAUUUCACAGCCCUCUGGCCCGGUCAAAGCGGACAGCCGAGAUCAUCUGGGACAAGCGCACCGGGCCAGUGUACCCGGUCGACGACCUUCGAGAGAUUGAUCUGUAUGCGUUCCAGGGCCUGUACAAGGAGGAGGGUAAAGAGCGCUUCGGCGAGCAGUACAAAAUGUGGCAGAAGGACGCUGCCAAUUUUGAGAUCGACGGGCACUACCCGGUGCGCGAGCUCUGGGCGCGCGCGCGCUCCUGCUGGGACCUGAUUCUCAAGGACAAGAGCAGGUCGGCACUUGUGGUGGCGCAUAACGCGGUCAACCAAGCGCUCGUGGCAACAGCAACAGGCCUGGACCCCAUAUACUUCCGGCUCCUACUUCAGAGCAAUUGCGGGGUCAGCGUGCUCGACUUCACCCCCAAUGCCGACCCAGACGGCCCCCCCAAGGUGUCUCUGGAACGCUUGAACCAGACGCCUGGUCCUCCGAUCGCCGCUUCUGCGGGAACGUCCGCGGGCCGGAAAGCGAAGUGCCGGUUGGUGCUCGUUCGGCACGGGGCGACAGAUAGCACACUCCAGGGGAAGAAACCAGCUACUCAGGAGGAACCGAUGAACAUGCUGGGAGUCGUUCAGUCCCGAAAGACGGCAGAGCUGCUGCUGGACGUCACUAUCGACACCAUCGUCACCAGCCCCACGGGGCGCGCCGUUGCUGCUGCAGAAGAGAUACGAGUGCUGCAAGAGAACGCGUACUGCCUAAAGGACUACUGCGAGCCGCGCUUUGUUGACACCAUCGAGGUGCCGGAGCUGCAGGACCUGAACCUCCAGAUUCCCGAGGGAGAGUCGGCGGAGUCACUCAGCCAGGACGGGAAUGGAAAAUUGAACGAGGCUUGGGAACAGGCGGGCCGAGCGUGGAAAAAGGUGUUGGAAGUGUUGGAAAACAGCGGGGAGGAGGGCGAUAAGCUCGUCUUGGUAGUGGGACACGAGUCGACACAUGUUGCUAUGAUCAGCCAUUGCCUUGGGUUAACGCCCGACUACCUAGACAGGUUUCACCUACAAACGGGAAGCGUUAGCGUGAUCGACUUUCCGGAUGGGCCAUCCGGCAGGGGUGUCGUGCGGUGUCUCAAUUACACCGCGCAUUUAGGCCGAUGGGCGAUUCCUGUCACACGGCCAGAUUUUAAGGACGAAGAGUACUAAAAUCCAAAUAUCAUCGAAACGGUCUGAUCUGCUGAGACGCUGCGCGGCUUGUUCCCACAAGUUGUGUCCUCUAACUCUUCAAGUGAAUGCAUCUACUGUAAC